CUCCUGGCUGAACAGCAUAAUGGGGAUAGUGCGUUGAGAGAAGGGGAAUGAGAUCAGCCUAUUUUUUUAAAACUUUCUGUUGGUGUGUAAAAAAAAAAAAGGUUAUUCUGGGGAGUAGGAUUUUUACCUCUGACGUCAUUCAGAUGCCAGACAUGGAUGGGUCUGAGGGCAACAGGAAAGUGGUAGUGAGGAAGAGAAGGAAGGAAGAGAAAGGAACGUAGAGCUAAAGAGCACAAAGAGACAGAGAAGGGAAGCAUCAAUGAAACAUACAUAUUCUGUCCUAACCAGCUAGCAGCCAGCCAGCCUCUACCCUCCCACUCCUUUCUCUCCCUUUGUCUUUUCUCAUCCCUCCUCUCACUGAAUAUAUGCAAGUAGACAAGGCGGGCUUCCUCUCUCUCAUGCUGUUCUCUUCUGCAGACAGGAACAUUAUCCCUCUGUCUCUGGAUGAGGGAACUGCAUACUGAAAGUGCUUGCAACCAACUGCUGGGACCCGAAUGAAGUGCAGCCUGUCUCCUGAAAAAUCGUCCUAUUUUUGUGGGACAUUUGCUGCAGACUAACCAAUCAGCAUCUCCGCAUCUUUAUUUGUAAUGCUGCCUGAAGAGUAACUUGGACAUAUUUAGCUUCCUUUCUUCUUCCUCUUUAUUUUUUCCUGUGUUGCCCUUGUUGACCAGCAUGAUUUUCACCACAGCUGCUGUCCUUGGUGCCACGCUGGGCACUGCGUCAGGCAUCCUCACUCUCUGUGGGCUCUCACUGAUCUGCAGGUCCUGUAAGAAAGGCAAGCUGGAAAGUGGUGAAGAUGCAGACCCAGAGAAGGCUAAACCCAGUGUUCUGCACUCCUCAGAGCAGUUCAGUGUGGAAAAAUCCACAGAGCCCAUCCAACCAAGGACAUUGUUGAAAUUUCCCAAAAUAUACAAGCCCAAACCGUCUGUGACCUCAUCUGAGGUCAUCAGCUACCCUGAUCAUGCUUCAGAGAAGGGGGGCGAACCCUCUCCCGAGGGACCCUCGACUGAGCCUGAUGCUGGUAACCAAGCAACGGACAGCUCUGACACGUUCACGAUCCUCAGACAAGACUCAAAGGACAAAACCUGUGCCAGGGAUCUUACCAAUGGGAUGACAACAAGCAGCUCCAUCUUCCACCCUAAGCUGCAUUUCUCUCUCACCUAUUAUACUGACCAGAACGAGCUACAUAUCACCGUGAUAGAAGCGGAGCAUUUGUGUGUGGGGUCGGGCUGUGAGGGCUAUGUGGCCGGAGUCCUGACCUUUGCAGCAGGACCGAGGGAGGCCCAGACCUCGUCGCGACGCCUGACCAACCACACCCGCUGGGAGGAAGGAUUGGUGUUCUCCCUGCCAGGAGGGUAUGAGGUGGAGGGCGAAGUGGCUCUCUCCCUGCACAGUUGUGACCGCUUCUCCCAGAACACCAACCUGGGCGUUAUGAGGUUCAAGCUGGUUGAUGUGGGCAUGAUGUCCAAUGCAGACUGCUGGGUCGACCUUCAACCACCAAAACAGGAUGUCCAGUCAGCUGGAGAGCUCCUGCUGUCCAUAAGUUACCUGCCUGCGGCCAACCGGCUGGGAGUAGUGGUGAUGAAGGCUAGAGGACUACAGUCGGACAAGCUGAAGGACUCCAUAGACCUGUCUGUGAAACUGGCCCUGAAGCACCAGACUACCAAGCUGAAGAAGAAGCAGACGCGACGGGUCAAGCACAAGAUGAACCCAGUGUGGAAUGAGAUGAUGAUGCUGGAGGUUCCCCGCGAGCUGCUGUCUAAAUCCAGUCUGGACUUGGAGGUGUUGAAUCAGGCAGGUCCUGGUGAGCAGGAGUCCCUGGGCCGCUGUCAGCUGGGUUUACAGGCCUCUAACACUGGCCUCCAACACUGGCAGCAGAUGCUAGACAACCCCCGUAAGCAGAUCGCCAUGUGGCACCCACUGUAUGAGUAAGAUAACCACCUGUCCGCUUUGCCAUUCCAAAUACCCAAAUAGUAUUACCACACAUAAAAAUGUAACCAUACAAGGCUGGACUGAGUAAUUCCGGAUCCUGCCUUCCUGGAUCAGGGUUUAAGAGCCUAAAUCUAUGUAUCCACUUAUAUGGAAAUGGAAAUAUAUAUAUAUAUGGAAAUUAUAUGGAAAUUAUCCCAUUGCCUGCCAUUAUUUAUCCCACAGCAUCCUAUAACAUGUCAACAAUAGCAUACACCGAACUGACAUAUCACUGGAUAUCACAGAAUUUCCCAAGAUUUCCAACUAUGAACACAUUUGAUAUAUUCAACGAAACUCAUCAAUGCAAUGUAAUACUUGUAGUACCUAUACUUAACCACCUCUAUGAUCUGUUUUUAUAGCUGAACAGAAUAAACAUGAUAAGUAAUGUCUGUGUUUCUGUGGUAUAGGGGAUUAUGUGUAUGGUAUGUAAUGAUAUGAUAAACACAAGUGAAUUAUUCUACAGUAGAGCUGUCAUUGUAUUUGUAAAGUGAUGUAUUCACACACUUGGAAAGCAAUGGAGAAAAUGCGCCGAGCAGAAAGUAAAAAAGCCUGCCAAUAUUGAAUGGAUCGGAGAUUCAAAAGCCCUGUGAUGGACUUACAGGCGACUAUACGUUUUAAAGUUGAUCUCAUUACACAGGGCCUCAAAACGGCAGCUAAAGUUAUACAAAUGAUGUAUAAAAAAAAAAUCGGUUUAAUCAGGUAAUAUACGGUAUUUGUCAUUUUUAUGAAUAUGCGCAGCUGUAUUUUAUCUUUGGAGAAUACGAGAGUUGUUACACGUGUUAUAUUCAAAGUAGGUCAAUACAACUAUCAACUUAUCCCAUUUCACACCUGUUUCCAUUCAACCCACUUUGCUUCAGUUAUUAUGUACAAAAGGUAUUUUUCUCCAGUGUAGUUUUGCUUGUACGUAGCUUUUGUCAAGUGAAGUGCUAUAGACUGAGCCAGUGAGAAACAUACUGUGUCAUUUGAAACUUUACAUACGGACACACAACGUGUGUGAAAAUAAAAAAAGCUACCUGCACGAUCUUCGAAAUAUCUGUUUCGAGUCUAAUUAAACUGAGGAUGUGCAAAUACCCAGGCAUCCAGAGAGCACUAUGUACAGUAUCAGCCCAUAACACCAGACAUUGAUGUAAUAUAUAUUGAUACUUCCUAUACUCAGAGCUCAUUAUGCAUAACUGAUAUAACUUUGGACCUGACCUGCUAUACAGUAGCUAGCAUUUCAUAGCUGAAUGAGCACUACCCUUAUCACGCUGAGAUGAAGUUACACAUUAAUAUCACCCAUCCAAGCCAUUUCACAAAAAAACUCAGAUUUACUGUAACAGACCAGAAUAUAAUCAACCUAUUAUAAUGAUAACUAUGGCUAGUUCACAUGCACGUGUUGUAUUUACAAGAACACUGGUAAUACUGUAUGCUGAGUUGUUUGUUGUUGUUAAAUCAUGUCACUCUUCAAGUGCAACAAGGGAUUCAUCUCUCUCAAUACACCUACGUAAAUCCUAUUCACAGUACGUAGCCUACUCCUUGACUCACAAUCACAGGCUUGUAUUUUCUGCUGGAAAAAAAAAACGUAUUGCAGUUUCCAUUUUAAAACAAAUGUAUAUUUUUUGGGGAUGAAAUUAUUUCAACAAAUGUCUUAUUGUGUGUGCUUAUUGUACUUAGGUCAUCAUUUAUAGAUAUUAGUCAUUUUUUAAAGACAUCUUCAUGAGACUGAUUGAUCAUUUGCCAGAUUGCUUUAGGAUGCCAUGGCCAUUAAAUUCCUGCCUAUUUGUUAAGAUAUGAUCAAUCUACUGUGUAAGUAGUGCAACCAUUAUGCAUGCGAUGGUGUGCAAAGCGCAUACACUUUAUAGCCCUAAACAACAGCACUUCCAACUAAUGAUGUAGCUACAUUGUUAUGUAAAAUAACUGGUGCAGAUGCAGUGGUUGGAUAUAAAGCUACAAUAAAUCAUCCAGCAUUUCCAGGCAGUU